UCAGAUGGGAAAUGGGGGAAGUAUAAAUAUUUAAUAGAACAAAAAGAAGGGAAGUUUAGAAUAAAGGAAUAUAAUGAUAUAAAACACCAUUUGACGGUCUGGAUCCAAUAUCAUCAAAUAAGUAGUAAAUUUAAUACCGUAAAGACAAAAUACAAAAAGGUUUUCUAGAUGAACCCUCUUUAUUGGAAACACAUUUAGUACAAAACAACAGUAAAAUUAUUUCCAACAUGUAUAAUCUUUUGCUGGAAUGGGAGGUAAAAGACGAAAUGGUAAAGGAGAUGAUGGUCAAGUGGGCAAUUGAUUUGGGGAAAACUAUACAAUUAAAACAAUGGGAAAAAUUAUGGAAGGAAUCUUGUAAAUUCAUGGAGGCAAAAGGGAUUAGAGAAAAUAUGAUCAAAAAGUUCUACAAAUGGUAUAUAACACCAAUUAAAAUACAUAAAAUGUACAAAAUGAAAGAUAUUUUUUGCUGGAAAUGUCGGAAAGAGGAGGGGACAUUCAUGCAUAUGUGGUGGCAUUGUGGGGAAAUUAAAAAAAAAUGGAAUCAGGUUUUUGAAGAAAUUAAAAAAAUUCUGAAAUAUAAUAUAAAGAAAAAUCCUGAAUCCUUCUUAUUGGGGAUAAUGGAUGAUGGAAUCAGGAUGAGAAAUUAUUUCUUUAUGCAACUGUUGCCGCAAGAAUAUUGAUUGCAACAUAUUGGAAGAAGCAAGAGGUACCAAAAAUCAAAGAGUGGCAAGAGAAGGUUUUUAGCUAAAUUUUAGCUAAAGAGUGGCUAAAUUAACAGAUUCAAUUAGAGGACGCAGCAACCAAAAAUUUUACCAAAGAUGGAAAAAAUUUGGUGAAUAUAUGAGAAAACAAUGCCCCACAUUGAAGUCUUGGAUCUAUCUCUAACAUUCCGUACUGAAAAAUAUCAUAAUAUAGGAGCAAUAUGUGAAAUAAAGUGCAGAAUAUAGGGAUAAGAGAUAUUGGAAAGCAGUAAAGGAAAAAUAUUCUAAUAAUCCAAGAGGACGACAAGUGAUUGGAGAUGAGUAAUAUUGAUGUGUGUAGAGUGAUUUAAUUUGAUUUAUUAGCUUUAUAUAAAAAUAGGUUAAGAGAAUCAACAACUUAGAGAUAAGUUAGUUAGAGUAUUGCCUAUACGAAUUGAUAAUGAGGAAUUUGUUGAUUAUGUUUAUUUGAUUGUAUGUUUAUGUGUAUAAUUUUGAUUUGUAUGCUUUGUUAGGUAUGUUUUGUUUUGAUUUGUUUAAUUUGCUUGAUUUGUUUGUUUUAAUUUAAUUUAAAUUUUCAAUAAAGUAUUUUUAAUAGAAAAAUAAAAAAUAAAAUAAGAGUUGGUGUGCCAUUAAGACCUUCAAGUCCAAAGGCAAUAAUCUCCUUAUUGCACCACUGCACAGAGCAUGUCAAUGUUUAACUUUUACCAUCUUCCAUGUUCUCAUAAUGUUCAACCUUGUCAGCUCACCUUCAGACUGUGAGGGGAAUAGAGGCCUUUGUCCCCUUCCUCCAAUCUGGUGUGGCUUUUCUGAUUGAUUGUUGCUCAGAUACUGUUCCAGAGAACAUUGCCCAGUUCCCUCCACUCAUCAUAGUCUAUCACAGUAUAGCUUAAAGAACAGUUUGAUGUGCAUAGAGGAGAUCCAUUUGCCAAAGGGGGUGCAGGGACCUCUAGGAGAGAAAACAGCCUGUCCUGCAUGCAGCUGCCUCACCAAAGUGUUCCAUCGCCCAGCCCUAGAAAGAACCUUGCUCUGCACAGGUGCAAAUGGGUGGGGAGGGGAUGGCAGAAAAAUGGCAGAUAAUUGUUCUUCACUAGCCUCCAUUGUCCUCUUUUGCUUUAUGUGUAAAAGCAAAUAUAUGAUUAAUAUUACACUCAUGAUGUCAGCUGUAAAGAUUCCCAGUUUGGGGUUGAAUGUGCAGACCAAUGAAGAUGGGUGCUUCCAAAUGGGGGUGAUCUGCUGCAGAUGUAGAUUUCUCUUUUUGGUCAAAACAAUUCAUAGGUAUACCAAUGUUUUCCAUCCACACCAGUGGGUGGUUCAGGGUGAAAUGUUAUCAUACUGUGGACUCUCGCCCUUUCUGUCAACAACUUUGUUUGCACAGUACUUGCAUAGUAAAGGUAAAGGGACCCCUGACCGUUAGGUCCAGUCAUGGACGACUCUGGGGUUGCAGUGGCUGUGGGAGAAGCAGGUCCUUCUUGGGGUGUUAAUGAUGGGAGCCCCUCCAUCAUUGGCUCAGGUUGUAUAUCCGUGUAAAUAAACGAGAUAUCAUAAAGACACCAGAGUCUCCACUGUUCCUCAUUCAGAAGAAACUGAAUUCUGGAGGAAUUUUGGGACAUUGAUGCUAUGGCAAAAACUGAUGCUGUGAUGAAUUUUUUUCUGGCAAAAGCACAGAAUUGACGCUUCAGACACUGAAGAGGCUUUCGUUUCAUUGGGAAUAAAAGGAGUCACAAAGACAAUACAGGGAAGUGAAAAACAUAUUAAGUACAGCUUGGCUGGACAAAGUAUCCGAUUAAAGCACACAAUUAAGUGGUAUUUAAAAAGGGUAUUUUCUCACCACAUCACCUAGCCAAACUGUGCUUGAAUCUGUAAUCCAGUGAUCUGCUUUGAACAUAUAUCAAGAAAUUGCAAAACUCAGUGUAACUAGAGCUGGGUAGCAUUUACUGUGAGGUCUGUGAAUCCUCCUGGGAGAAAGAAAAGAUGGGUUUCUCUGAAAUUGAAAUCGCAGAGCAAAAACUCGCUAUGAAUCCACAUGCAGCAGAGAAUGGGGGAAGUUGUGGAUUCAUACAUAAUGGAAGCACGAAACAAGCAAGAGGAGUCUUCUCUCAGAAACUGAGCCAUUUCCCAUAUGGUCUGAGCAAUAAAGGAAAAGAGAAACUUCCUUUUAGUGCACUAACCGUGAGCUUGGUGGUUAAUGCCAUUCUGAUCCUUAUCAUCAUCAUCCUCAGCAUUCUUUUAUCAGGGAGAAGUUGUGAAGUAUUGCCAACAGCGCAACCUUCUCCUUCCACUCCAACUGAGUGCUGUCCGGACGGCUGGAUUGGCUACCAAAGGAAAUGCUACUAUUUUUCAGAGAGUGACAGAAAUUGGACUUAUAGCCAGAAUUACUGUGACUCUUUUAAUGCCUCUUUAGUUGUGAUUGACUCCCAAGAAGAGAUGAGCUUCUUGAGACGGUACAAAGGUCCUGCUGACCACUGGAUUGGUCUCCAAAGGACGGAUGACCAGGAGCCUUGGAGAUGGAUCAAUGGCACCAUUUUCAAUUUCUGGUUUGAUAUUCGGGGAGGAGGAAAAUCUGCUUACAUGAACCAUCAAGGUGUUGCCAGCUCUAACGGCCGACAUGAAGGACCCUGGAUCUGCAGCAAACCAGUUCACAAAUCCGAAAGGAUAGUAGAUGCAGGGCCGUAGCUAGGGAGUGGUGAGGUGGGCCCCUGCCAGGCGCGCAGACGAGAGGCUUCCCACUGCUAUCCCUGCCCACCAAAUAAAGAAGAUUUUUCUGUAUUUAGCUCCUGCUUUAAACCUGUGGGUUUGGCCCCCUUGAUAUUGAGGGAUGAUUUUCAAUCAUUGUGGGACAGGGAGGUCUUAGACGAAGUACAGACUUGCGGACUGUCACACCUUUACUUGGAGUCUAUGACAUACAGUCAAGCUAGAGCCGUGAUUGCUCAGAGAUUGGGCGAUAUUGCUAGACAUUGGUGUGGGUUUAUCUAUAUUAGAGCUGCCCAUGUUUUAUUUUAGGGACCCAGGUGGCACUGUGGGCUAAACCACUGAGCCUAGGGCUUGCUGAUCAGAAGGUCGGCGGUUCGAAUCCCUGUGACGGGGUGAGCUCCCGUUGCUUGGUCCCAGCUCCUGCCAACCUAGCAGUUCGAAAGCACGUCAAAAUGCAAGUAGAUAAAUAGGAACCGCUACAGCGGGAAGGUAAACGGCGUUUCCAUGUGCUGCUCUGGUUUGCCAGAAGUGGCUUUGUCAUGCUGGCCACAUGACCUGGAAACUAUACGCUGGCUCCCUUGGCCAAUAAUGCGAGAUGAGCGCGCAACCCCAGAGUCGGUCAUGACUGGACCUAAUGGUCAGGGGUCCCUUUACCUUUACCUUUUAUGUUUUAUUUUAGUUUUUAGAUGUCUUAGAUGUUUUAAUUUUGUACUGAGAAAUAUAUCUUUUCGAAAAUGAUGUAUAGAUGGUAUUUAACACCAGUAAAACUUGCUAAGAUUUACCAUAAUCAAGACAAUAAGUGUUGGAAAUGUAAAAAGGUGGAAGUAACAUUCUAUCACAUGUGGUGGACUUGCCCAUUAGUUAAGGAUUUCUGGGAAACGAUUUAUAAUGAAUUGAAAAAAGUGCUGAAAAACACUUUUAUUAAGAAACCAGAGUCAUUUCUACUGGGUAUAGUAGGAAAAGAAUUGCCUAUGAAAGAUGUAAAUUUGUUCUUAUAUGCCACAACCGCAGCCAGAAUAUUGCUAGCAAAGUAUUGGAAGACACAGAAGAUACCUACAGUGGAAGAAUGGCAAAUAAAGAUGUUGAGACUAUAUGGAACUUGCUGAUCUGACCGGAAGACUACGCAACUGGGGAGAGUAGAAGGUGGAAGAGGAAUGGAAGAAAUUUAGAAUUUACUAUAAAAAAUAUUGCAGAAUUGAUGUAUGAGGAGAAUUAUAAGCAAUUGUGAAGUUGCAGGUUAAGAAAUUAAGUGAGAUAUAAUGGAAAAUAGGUUAGAAUAUCAUAAUGAGUUGUAAAAUUGAGAAAAGGAUGUUGUAAUUGUAAUUAGGUUUGGAAAAUAAGAUAUAGAACUUGCUAAGAAUGUUAUGCAAUGAACCAUUAGAAGGGGGACUUGGGGAAGUCCCUUACCAAAAUGAGAAAAAAUGGAAUGUAUAUUUUCUCGCCAGAUUAUAAUAAUUUAAUAGUUUAAGUUGCCGAUCUGUCAUACUCGGUAAUUCCUGUGAUUUCCAUUUUUUUUGCAAUCAAUAUUCUCGCCAUGGCCAUCGCAUAACUUACUAAACACCUAUCUAUAGGCUUAAUAUCCUCAACACCUAUCUAUAGGCUUAAUGUGUACCAUGAGGAAUUAUUAUUGCAAGAACGGAGACAAUUUUUACAG